AUGGUGGUGCUGGUAGUGGUCAUGGUAGAGGUGCUGGUGGUGAUUAUGAUGGUUGUGGUGCUGGUGGAGGUAGUGCUGGUGGAUUUGCUGUUUGUUGUAGUGCUGGUGGUGGUGGUCAUGAUGGUUGUGGUGGUGCUGCUGUUUGAUGUGCUGGUGGUGCUGGUGCGAGUGCUGGUCAUGAUGGUGUUGGUGUUGCUGAUGAUCGGAUGGUCUGAUGGUGGUGGUGCUGGUGAUGAUGGUGGUGCAGGGGCUACAAUGGCAGUUUUGUUCACACCGUAUGCUGUGGACAACAUUAUCAACAAAGAUAUUGUCCACAGAACCGGAAGUGCCCCACCAUGCAACUGGAAGUGGUACCCCGAGAAAAUCAGUGGCGUGGCGAUGCCUCAAGAAGAAAACACAGACCUGGCUUUGGCUUCGAGCGCUUUUGGAGUUGGCCAUGGGCGAAGCCUCACAGAUGACACAAUGGGUGACACCUCACUGAUGACACAAUGGCCUGAUGUCUCGACUGGAUCAGGGCAGUACACAAUUACCUCGGUUAAGGUUGUGGACGUAGUUUAUGAUGAAUAUGACUAUAUUAUAAUCGGGUCUGGGUCUGCUGGUUCAAUCCUGGCCACACGACUGUCUGAAGACCGAGAUUCGUCAGUAUUACUUCUAGAAGCCGGCGAAACCUUGGUGAAAAAGCCGAUCUUCUACGAACCGUGGCGGUACAUACAGCUGCUGAACUCCACCUACGACUGGACGUACCUAACUGUUCCUCAAAGGAACGCGUGUCUGGGAAUGAAGGACAGGAGCUGCUUCUGGCCCAGGGGCCGAGUGGUAGGCGGCUCCAGCAGCAUCAACGUCAUGCAGUACACAAGGGGGUCACCCUUGGACUUUGACGAAUGGAAAGCAAAUGGUUGCAAAGGAUGGGGCUUCAAGGAUGUUCUUCCUUACUUCUUAAAAUCCGAAGAUAUGCUCAUGUCUGAAUUUAAAGACUCCAAAUACCACAAUGUUGGCGGUCCUUUGGCAGUGUCAGGUGGGGAUGUGACUCCGCUUGCCCAGGUUUACAGAGAGGCGGCUAGAGAACUCGGAUACACAAUUUCUGACUACAAUGGAGAAACUCAAGAAGGAUUUAACAAGAUUCAAUACAACAUUCGAAACGGGGAAAGAAGUAUGCCCGGGACUGAAAUGCUGAUGGGUCUAGAUAGAAAAAACCUUCAUAUCUCCGCUAACAGCCAUGUGAGUAAGAUUGACAUCCAGAAUAAAGAGGCCAAAGGUGUGUGGUUCUAUAAGAAUGGGAGGAAGGUGUAUGUGAGGGCCACCAGAGAAGUCAUCGUUUCGGCGGGGACGGUUGGCACGCCCCAGCUCCUUAUGCUGUCGGGGGUAGGUCCUAGGAAACAUCUGGAAGAGAUGAACAUUACUGUAGUUGCUGACCUUCCGGUCGGGGAGAAUCUACAGGAUCACGAGAAAGUCAGUGUAUGUGUUGGAAUUAAGCAGCCUUUGAGUAUAACACCGAGCGUUCUCAAUAGUUGGACCAACUGGCUAAGGUAUAAGCUCUUCGGUACAGGACCACGCUCCAUAGCGAUAACAGACGGAUCAGCAUACGUUCACCUCAAUAAGUCAAAUAAAGAUGCUUACUGGGAGUGUAUUGUCCGGCACACGGCGGUGACUCAAUAUCACCCGACCUCUACGUGUAAGAUGGGGCCCGACGACGACAAAUCUGCAGUCGUGGAUCUGCAUCUUCGAGUAAAGGGCGUCGGACGCCUGCGCGUUGGGGAUGCCUCCGUGUUUCCGUCUGUCACUUCUGGUAACGUGAACGCCCCGACCAUGAUGAUAGCGGAGAAGGCGGCAGACUUUAUUCGUGGAGUGAAUACGGUGGAUCACCUAACCAGGGAUGUCUGA